GGCUUUUAAAUACUUAGAUUUUAGAAAAAGCUCUAUUUUUUCUCAUUAAGUUUUUUUGAAGAAAAGUUGAAUACAAUGGCCUUCAGAUUAUUAACAAAAAAAGCUGCAGUUGCGGCUGUUCGUCCUGCUGCGAUCUCUGCUUCACGUCAAGUUGUUCGUGCUUCUGCUAUUCGUGGAUUCAGUACCAAGAAUGACGAAGUAGUUGAACCCAAAGAAAAGGCGAGCAGUCUUCUUGACGCUCUUCCCGGUAACUCCAUCAUCUCCAAGACCGGUUACGUUACAGCUGCCACUGGUUUAGCUGCUUUCUUGGUUUCCAAGGAAAUUUAUAUCGCUAAUGAAGAAACAUUGGUUUUGAUUUCUUCUGUUGCUCUUCUUGGUGUCCUUCUUAAAUACCUUAGAGAACCUUUCAACAACAUGGCCAACGAGCACAUUCAACGUAUCAAAAAUGUCUUGAUUCAAGCUCGUGAAGAUCAUAAGAGUGCCGUGAAGGAGCGUAUUAACGAAGUCGGUCAGAUGGGCGACCUUGUCGAUGUUACAAAGGCUCUUUUCGAGCUUUCCCGUGAAACUGCUCAACUAGAAGCUGAAGCUUUUGAAUUGAAGCAAAAAGUUGCUGUUGCUUCUGAAGUAAAGGCUACAUUAGAUGCUUGGGUUCGUCAUGAAGCUAACCUUCGUGAACGUGAACAAAAGCAAUUGGCUGCUUAUUUGAUUGAAAAGGUUAACAAGCAAUUGCAAGAUCCUCAAUUCCAACAAAAGAUUUUGGACCAAGCUAUUUUGGAUAUUCAAGCCGUUGCUAAGAGAGCUUAGAUUAUUAUACCGCUUACAAGCUGCUUUGGAGAAAACAGAGGAGUGUAAUUUAUACUUGAAAUAAAGCGAUAGGAUGUUAAUUCAAAUACAUGAUUGUUCUGGCUUUAAUAACAAGAGAAUGAAGGUAUCUGCCCCUUCAUCGUCGUUUAUCAGUAACAAACAAUUUCUUAAUAUCUUACAUACACAUACUUACAAGAUUUUUCGAGAGUAUUCAUUAUCUAUAUACAUUUAUCCAGUGAUAAGAAUUGUUUUUACAUUGAAUACUUUACCCUCCUAACAGAAAACCGCAAAACAAAUAGCUGGCCAAUGUUCAUGAAAAUCUUCCGUUUGUAAAAUAAGCACAUCAGAAUGUUAGGUUUUUAUACCCCUUGAUUGGUUCAAUACUAAAGAUAAACCUCAAGCGAUAGCCUAAGAAUUAUGAGUAACCUGUGUAGUAGU